AAAAAGUUUCCCGCACCAUUUCGCAAAGCCCGCUGAUUGUAGUGCUCCAAACAACAGCCUACCUUCUUUACGCCAGCUUACGACAGGAUGGCACCUGACAAGAAGGACAAGAAGCGCAAGGCUGCGAACGCCGUUGCCGCCGACUCUCCCGCAAAGAAGACCAAAAAGACCGAAAGCAAAUCUGCUCAACCUCCCAAGGAAACUCCGAAGCCGACUCUCAAGAAGGCCAAGAAGAAUGAAAUGCCUGUCAAGACCGAUCUUCCCUUGAAAGGCAAGGCCAAUGGCGAGCCCUCUAGACAGGUUAAGCCUCGUAAGCGUGCGGCCGACUUCCUUAGUGACAACGAAGAGAGUGAGACAGAGGCAGAGAUUACCGAUGUCAAGGCUAGCAAAAAGGAGCCUAGUACUAAGAAAUCGAAGAAGUCUGAUGGCACCGCUGCUGCCGCCUCAAAGGGGAAAACCGACAAAGCCAACACCAAAUCCAAGAAGGUAGAGCCUGUUGUGGAAGAAGACUCUGAGGCUCGAGAUGAUUCUGCUGCUUCGGAUGACAAUCAGAGUGAUUUUGAAGAGGAUGACCGCACAGCUGCUCUAAUCCGCGGUUUCGAGAGCAGCGGUGACGAGGGCGAGUCCGACGACGAGGGCUUCGACCCCAGUCAGCCCGUGCCAAAAAUUCCUGACUUGAAAAAGGCGCAGCGCAAGCUCGCGAAGAAGCAGCAAGACGGUGCCAGCCAGUCAGAAGGACCGGGUGCGAUCUAUGUUGGACGAAUCCCUCACGGUUUUUACGAACACCAAAUGCGCGCUUAUUUCAGCCAAUUCGGUGAUAUCACCCGCUUGCGUCUUUCCCGUAACCGUACUACCGGUCGCUCUAAGCACUACGCUUUCAUCGAGUUUGCAGCGGAAUCCGUUGCUAAGAUUGUCGCGGCUACAAUGGAUAACUACCUCAUGUACGGUCAUAUUUUGAAAUGCAAAUAUGUUCCCAAGGAGCGUUUGCACCCUGAAAUCUGGAAGGGCGCCAACAGGCGGUUCAAGCGGACCCCGUGGAAUAAGAUUGAGAAGAGGCGACUUGAGAAGGGCAAAACGAGAGAUCAGUGGACGGAACGCAUUGAAAAGGAGCAGCAGAGACGGGCUGUCAAGGCGGAGCAGUUGAAGAGCGUCCUGGGAUACGACUUGGAGCUUCCCCAAUUGAAGAGUGUGGACGAGGUCCCUGUUCAAGAGAACAAUGCAAUUGAGGCAGCCGAUACAGCAUCUGAGGAACCUGCCAAGGCCAUCGAGGCGCCCAAGGCGGAGGAGACUAGAGCAGAGAAGCCCGUUGAAGAUACCCCUAAAAAGAUCCACAAGAAGGAGAAGAAGGCGGCCCAGUCUCCUGCUGUGCUAGAGACAGCCAAGCCUGCAACGAAAAAGACCGAAAUCGCAGACUCGCCUGCCACCAAGAAGGCCAGGAAGACUACCAAGAAGGCGAAGGGCAAGUCUACUGCCUGAAUACUCAAUGCUUUUCUCUAAAUGUCCUUGUUCUGUUUAUCGCAAAAAAAAAUCGCUCGGAGUUGAAAUAAUCUCACUUGUACAUGAUUUCUUUCUUACUCGCCAAGCAUGAUUUAGACUAGUAAUCAUAUGAAGUCAUAUCAGG